CGAUACUUGCUCAGCAGCUUUUGACCAACAAACUUGUGAAAUGAAUGAUAAAGUCGAAGCUCUCCAAAUAUUUCAUAUAAAUUGAAAUGACAGCAUUGGCUAUUAAGGUACAAGAAAGAUAAACGUAAAAUAAAUACAAUUCUAGUAUCGAGCGAGAAGCAUCGUUUUUUCCCACCCACGCAAAUAAUGGCUUCAAAUGAUAUUGAUUUCAAUGACGAGUUUGAGAAAUACCUGAGUCGUAUGUUCUAUAUCAAGCCAUGUGAAGUGACAUCUAAAUGUGAUGAGUCGAACGUUGAGUAUUUUGGAGUACUGAGUCUAACUGAUGUCCGAUCACCGGACCGCAAAUUGUGGUACAUUUAUUAUUCCAAGCAACCAGAGGUCGAUGAAACCCUAAGUCGCAUUUUCCAUAAAUACGGCAAAAAGAAUAUGUGUGAAAUAUUUCGAAAACAUACCUUUAGUGGGGUUGGAUUGCGUGCCAGAGUAAAAGCCUUUUUCUACGAGAAGAGGUGGCAUGUGAAAGGCAAUUUACUGGAGGCUCCAGCUAAAAGCUCCUUCAACAACGAUCAAAUGAUUAAAAUAAUCACAGACCUGCAUCAUGAAGAACGGAAAAUGCUGUAUAGUUUUUUGUGUAUGAAACACAAUGGCGUCAGGACUUACUUCCAUUAAUGUAAUUACUAUUUGUUACUUUAACAUUUACAAUCUCUGUGAUUCAUAUACAUAUGUAAAAUUUAAGUACCAAAUUUUGUCAUAUUAAUCGAUUAUCUAAGCAUUUCUUAAUAAAA